AUGGGAGAGAAGUAUUGCAAGUCUUUUAUUGACAUCAUCCCUCAAGAAUUGAUUGAAGAAAUCGUUGCAUAUAUUGCUUCAACAUCUUCUAGAUCUCUUCAUGAUCUCAAAAUUUUACGUGGCUGUUGUAAGAGUUUUUAUGUAGCAUCGAAAAGUCGGAAAGUUGGGCAGUUAAUGCGGGUUGAUAAUUUAUGGUAUCUUGAUAUGAAGGAGUAUAUUAGUGUUCUUCAAAAUUGUGCCCAGAAAGACAAUUUGGAAGCUUGUUUGGUGCUUGGAUUGAUCGACUGUAUGAAGUUGAAAAUGGAUUCAGGCAUCCAAUAUCUAACAAAUGCAGCUUUUAAAGGUCAUUUACUUGCUGGGUAUGUAGGGGGGAUUAUUUUGUACAAAAAUCAGGAAACACGUCCUUCUGGCAUGGCAAUGCUCAACAUGGUUGCUAUUGGAAGAGUUGAUCAUGGCUCAAAACCAUUUGAAAGCAAAAAAUCUGGUAAUUAUAUAAUAAAUAAUUGUAGAUAUUCUGCAGCAAAAUUAUUUAGAGAUAUCGUAUGGAGUAUAGAAUGUAAAUGGCUAGAAAAAGAGGAAUGGGAGUGUGAGAGCCGUUUGUGUGGUCGAAAAAUCGAUGAUAUCCUUUGUAAUGAAUGGUUAGGUGAAGAUGGAUUAGUAAGAGAGUUUUGUAGUCAUGUUUGUAGAUGGAAAUAUGAAUUUAAUAUGUUUACAACACUUUUGUAA